ACAACAGCUGCUUUACAAUAAAGGCGUUAAAGUUGUUUGCGAUGUGACAUGUAGGAUAACUAACCUGUUGGGUGGAAAAAGUUGGCUGUUUGAGCUGUCCGCCGCUCGUUCAUGGUGUUUCUCGAACAUUCGCUGCCGUCUCUUUAAAGGAUCACCAUGGCAAUGUGGAUCCAGGCCCAGCAGCUGCAGGGCGAGGCGCUACACCAGAUGCAGGCGCUUUACGGCCAGCACUUCCCCAUUGAGGUGCGACACUACCUGGCCCAGUGGAUAGAGAGUCAGCUCUGGGACUCGGUUGAGCUGGACAAUCCGGCUGAGGAAGCCAAAGCCAAGCGUCUGCUGGACAACCUGGUGACCGAGCUGCAGAGGAAAGCCACACUUCAGGGGGGGGAGGAUGGCUUCCUGCUUAAGAUAAAGCUGGGUCACUAUGCUAACCAGCUCAAGAGCACGUACGACCGAUGUCCUUUGGAGUUGGUGAGAUGCAUAAAACACAUCCUGCACUCAGAGCAGAGGCUGGUUCAAGAAGCUACAAACGCCAGCUGUGGGAGUGGGGGAAAGGCCAUGGACAGCCUGUCACAGCGCCACCAGCAGAUCAACCAGGCCUUCGAGGAGCUCCGCCUGGCUACGCAGGAAACUGAGAACGAGCUGAGAAAACUGCAGCACAGUCAGGAGUACUUCAUCAUCCAGUACCAGGAGAACCUGCGCAUCCAAGCCCAGCUGAGCAGCCUCUCCUCCCUGCCUCCUGCUGAACGCACCCAGCGAGAGACCACCCUGCAGAGUAAGAGGGCCACCGUGGAGGCCUGGCUCACCAGAGAGGCCAGCACACUACAGAAAUACAGGCUUGACCUGUCCGAACAGCACCAGAAGACCCUGGGCCUGCUGAGGAAGCAGCAGACUCUGAUCCUCGAUGAGGAGCUCAUCCAGUGGAAGAGGAGGCAGCAGCUGGCUGGAAAUGGGGGUCCUCAUGAAGGGGCACUGGAUGUCCUCCAGUCCUGGUGUGAGAAACUGGCUGACCUAAUUUGGCAGAAUCGACAGCAGAUCCGGCGCUGUGAACAUCUAACGCAGCAGCUUCCUCUGCCAGGUCCUAUGGAGGAGCUGCUCAGCAAACUCAACGCAGACAUCACUGAUAUCAUCUCUGCCUUGGUCACAAGUACCUUCAUUAUAGAAAAGCAGCCACCUCAAGUACUAAAGACUCAGACCAAGUUUGCUGCCACGGUUCGCCUUCUGGUGGGCGGGAAGCUCAACGUCCACAUGAACCCUCCUCAGGUUAAAGCUGUCAUCGUCAGCGAGCAGCAGGCAAAAGCUCUGCUGAAGAAUGAGAGCACGCACAGUGAGAGCAGUGGAGAAAUCCUCAACAACAACUGUGUGAUGGAGUAUCACCAGGCCACAGGAACCCUCAGUGCUCACUUCAGAAACAUGUCUCUGAAGAGGAUCAAGCGUUCAGACCGUCGGGGCGCAGAGUCGGUGACGGAGGAGAAGUUCACAGUUCUGUUUGAGUCUCAGUUCAGUGUGGGGGGAAACGAGCUGGUCUUCCACGUCAAAACUUUAUCGCUACCUGUGGUGGUGAUCGUUCAUGGCAGCCAGGACAACAACGCGACAGCAACAGUCCUGUGGGACAACGCCUUCGCUGAGCCUGGCAGAGUGCCAUUCAUCGUGCCAGACAAGGUGCUGUGGCCCCAACUGUGCGAGGCUCUCGAUAUGAAGUACAAAGCAGAGAUGCACAGUGGGCGUGGCCUGUCGGAGGACAACCUCGUCUUCCUGGCACAGAAAGCUUUUACGAGCAGCAGCAACAACCCUGAGGAAUACCGUAACAUGACGAUAUCCUGGGCCCAGUUCAACAGGGAGAGCUUACCUGGACGCAACUUCACCUUCUGGCAGUGGUUUGAUGGAGUUGUGGAGCUCAUGAAGAAACAUCUCAAACCUCACUGGAAUGAUGGGGCCAUCUUAGGUUUUGUGAACAAGCAGCAGGCACAGGACAUGCUGCUGUCCAAACCCAACGGCACAUUUCUGCUGCGAUUCAGCGACUCAGAGAUUGGAGGCAUCACCAUUGCCUGGGUGGCUGAAAACCCCAACAAACCAGGUGAGAGGCUGGUCUGGAAUCUGUUACCUUAUACGACCAAGGACUUCUCCAUUCGGUCCCUGGCCGACCGCAUCAGCGACCUGAACCACCUUCUGUUUCUAUACCCGGACCGACCCAAAGACGAGGUCUUCGCCAAGUACUACACCCCUCCUCUUUCAAAAGCAGUGGAUGGAUACGUAAAACCACAGAUCAAACAAGUUGUGCCAGAAUUUACCACCCAGAACCCUGAAUCAAGCGGAGGAACUCCUGCAUUCAUAGACCAGACAACUUCUCCCUCCGUGAGCCACCCCAACAACUUCCCUGUCUAUCCUCCAAUAAGCGACACGAUGCUGGAUGCAGACGGAGACUUUGACCUGGAUGACACCAUGGACGUUGCCCGCCAUGUUGAGGAGCUGCUCCGCCGUCCUAUGGCUAACCAGUGGAGCAGCCAGCAGUCCUGAACCUUUCAGGUCCUUACUCAAACACCUAGAAUACCUACAGGACUGUACCUACAGAGGGAUGCCCCGUCUUUUCCUGUGACUCCAGCAGGUCAUGUCAGGACUCCCUCUUCCUCUGUUUUAGCUUCCUACAGGAGCUUUGGAAGAUCAAUGUCUGGUUAUUGAUCGCCUUCUUCUUGCCAUAGUACCUUAAGAGUCAGUUGUACCAGCCUUUAAGUCCUCUUUAGCCUGGUUUAUACUUCUGUGUCAAAUCUAUGCCAUAGUUAUGCCGUAGUACCCUUCACAAUUGUGAGCACCACACACUUGGUGAGUCAGUGUUUAUCUGCAGUACUCCACGAUUCUGUGGGGCAGUUUCUAUGGCAGAUCCUGAUCCUGCCUUCACUUUUCCUGCUUGUCCAUGUAUGGGAAAUCAUGGCGAGUGGAAUCAAGCACAUUAUGUUGAAGUUAUAGAUGAUACUGUUAAAUAUACUGCAGUUAUCGCAAAGGAGAAAGAACAGAGACACAGGAGGAGAUGGGGAGUAUGGUGGCUGAGCCAGCUGAGGCAGAGGAUAGGGAAUUUUGCACUUGACAGAGCCAUGGAUGAGGAAAUGUUCUAGUUUAUUGGAUGCCAACUACUCUGUUUAUCAUUGUCUGCAGCUGUUAGGGUACACAUGAUGGCCCUGAAGAGUUAAAUUCUCAUUUCUUGCAAGUAUGCAAUUCAAAUAAGUAAUAUAUGUUACACAUUUGCAUAAACACAGUGAUUGAUAAUCUUUUUUCUCCUCCUUUAAGUCUUAUUAAUAGCAAGGAGAGAGCAAUUUAUCCUUGUUGUGUGGCAUAUCUGUAAAUUUUUAUUGUAUUAUAAUCUGAAUGCGAAUAAUUGUGAUUUAUACUGUGCUGUCUUGGCUGUGUGCUUCAGGUCAUUGUCGUGUUGGAAGGUGAACCUUCAGCCUCAUCUGAAGUCCUGAGUGUUGUGGAACAGGUUUUCAUCAAGGAUAUCUCUGUUUUUUGCUCCUUUUAGAUUUUCUUCAACCCUGCCCAGUCACUGCUGCUGAGAAGCACCCCCACAGCAUGAUGCUGCCACCACCAUGCUUCACUGUUGGGAUGGUACUGGGCAGUAUUAAAGUUGAAGCCAGACAGUUUAAUCUUGGUUUCAUCAGACCAGAGAAUCUUGUUUCUUGCAGUAUGAGAGUCCUUUGAGUGCUUUUUUUUGUUUUUGCAAACUCCAAACAGGCUUUCAUGGGUUUUACACUGAGGGGACGCUUCUGUCUAGCCACUUUGCCAUAAAACCCAGAUUAGUAGAGGACUCCAGUGUUGGUUGUCCUUCUGGAACUUGGUCCCAUCUCCCCACAGGAUCUCAGUGUGGUCAGGCAACCAGUUCUUGGAAGAGUCCUGGUUGGGCCAAAGUUCUUCCAUUAGAGAAUUAUGGAGGCCACUGUGCUCUUGAGAUUUUUUUUGUAGCCCUUCCCAGAUCUGUGCCUUAGAACAGUCCUGUCUCUGAGCUCUGUAGGCAGGUCCUUUGACGUCAUGGCUUGGUUUUUGCUCUGAUAUUGUCAGCUGUGAGGCCUUCUUUAGAGAAGUGUGUGCCUUUCGAAAUCAUGUCGAGCCAAUUUGAUUUACCACAGGUGGGCUCCAACCAAGAUGUAGAAACAUCUCAGCAAAGAUCAAGAAAAGGGAGGAUCUGAAUUCUUAUGUCAGUGUGAUAUUUUAGCUUUGAUGUUUUCUCUUUGUCAUGAUGGGCUACUGAUUGUAGAUCAAUGAGAGAAAAAUGACUUGUUUUGACUGUAGCACCAGGCUGCAACAUAAAAAAAGUGAAGUGAUACUUUCUGUAUCAUUCAACUGUAGUGGAGAGGUAAGAGAGUAGCGGGGAUGACACUAUGGCAGCAGUUUAAUCUGACCUGAUGAUAUUCCUAUAUUAAAAGAAGAGCAAAGAAGUGCACUGAAAGCUUUCCUCACAGGAAAGGAUGUUUUUGCUCUUCUUCUUCUGACCAAGUUGGUUCCAAUGAUAGUCAAGUAUCACACGUUCAUUUUACAACAGCUGCUUGUUGAGAUUGUGUUGUGUAGUUUAGUCUUCAGCAGCAGUGCACACCUACUAUGUCAUUGUUUUUGUUGCUUGGAUUUGUCUGUAAUGAAUGCACCAGGUUUUGUUCAAUAACCCUCUGAGAAAAAGGAUGCAAGAUAUUGGAUUUUUGCAGAUAAGAUCUGAUAUGCUUAGACUUACAAAUUCAGUUUUGCCAAUAUUGAUACUGAUAUUUACCAAUAAAUCAAACUUGUAACUUCAGUCCCUAAAACACUCUAUAAAGUUUGAGGAUCAUUCAUAAAGCUUGCUUAUGCACAAAACGGGGCUUGAAAGUGGCGUGCACCACUUUCCAUGCAAAAGUUGUGAUUUAUAAAAAUAAACUUGGUGGGAGAAUGUGCGCACCGGUACGUUAACUUCGAUCCUUGUGCACAAACAUUUUGGAGAGGGGGGAAACUGGCGGUGCAGAUGGUGAAGUGGUGAAUUGAAGCCAGUUUCAUCUCAUACAUUUAAUGUCAUCAGAUAUCAGAUUACAGACCCUUGUAAUCAUAAACACCCAAGCCUGCAGUGUUAUAGAUGUGUUCCUUUAGUGAGCCAGUAGGCCUACUACUGUAUGCACAAUGUGCAUAUAUCAUACUUUCAUCUCCAAAUGAUACAGAGCAGGGAUAGCACUGAUUGAUUUGUAUUCAUUGUGACAAGAUGUGUAACAAAAAGUCUAAUUGCUGAGUAAGCAUAUAAAUAGUGCGGUGACACUCGUGCGUAAUGUUGCACAAUGGAUGCGCUGGCACUGCUGGAAGAUCACACAAAUGGUAAGAUCAGGAUGGAAAGAGACUUUAGGGACCACUAAGAUUUCCUGUCCCAUGAUGAUGACUGGCUAAUAAGCCGAUUUAGAUUCCCUAGAGCAGUGCUCUUGGAUCUAUGUGCUGAACUGGGCCGAGUGUUAGACAGAAUCACCCAACGGAACCGCGCCAUCCCAGUGCACAUACAGGUGCUGACCACUCUGGGGUUUCUGGCAACCGGCUCCUUUCAGUGGGAAUUAGCUGACAGGUAUGCGUUUGAUAUGAUUAACAAUAUAUAAUUUUACAUUUUCUGUCUAAAGCCCCUUUUGGGUAUGAUAUAAUACAAUUAAAUUCUGUCCUUAGGUCUGGGAUAUCGCAGCCAUCCUUCAACACAAUAAUGCCAGCCAUUUUGGAUGGCAUUAUAAACAUGACCAGUUGAUACAACAGGUUUCCUUACACUGUGGGUGAACAGGCCAACAUUAAAAGGAAAUUUGCAGAAAUGUCCAGUUUCCCAAAUGUAAUCGGCGCAACUGACUGCCCUCACGUUGCUAUAAGGGCUCCGAGUGAAAAUGAAUUUGUCUAUAUGAACCGAAAGAAAUGUGCAUACAAUCAAUGUACAAAUUAUUUGUACCUCAAACACGGUUUUGACAAAUUUAGUGGCACGAUGGCCUGGGCCAACACAUGACUCAUUCAUCCUGAUGCGCAGCAGCGUAGGGAACAGACUGCAGACCGCUCUGUGGCACUCACACUAUUUACAGCGGUGACGACGUGUUGCCACUCGCCUGUUUUUCUUUUAUUAGUGAUGCCACUACUGUGACCACCUAAUAAAAUCAUUUUUCUGGCCUCCACCUCACCCACAAACACCUCUAUUUCAGUCUCCGUGGAAUUCCUUUUCCUUUUCGUCUCUGCCAUGAUUGAGCGUAAAAUGCCGUCGAUUGGCAGGCUCAUUCUUGAGGUACUCUGCAUUGACCGUUCAUGGUAAAAUGUGAGUGUGUAGAGGGCGGGAUGUGAGAUGAAUCCACCAGCGCAAUCUGCCAUGUGGACUGUGAUUUAUAAAGGGAAAAGUGCUUGGAGGUGUGCGCACGCACGGUUUUAUAAAUAAGAUUAUUUUUUGGUGCGUGCCAUUUUCAGCUUUUGGGGGCAUGUACACUUUUAGUAUGGAUCCUACGCAAUGUUUUAUAAAUGAGGCCCCUGGUGUCUAGUUUAUGGUCUAUCUUGUGUCAGGUUAGAAAUGUUUGCCAGAGUAAACAGGGGUAUAUGGAGCACUUAUUUUCUUAUCUCCAUAGAGUAUUCCCACUUUUAAAUCCCCUCUCCUAGGAUGACAAAAGCAACAAAGAGUGAUCUGAGCACACUAGUGUGUUACUUUACCCCAACACUGCUAAGAAUUAUGGAAUAGUUAGCUCAAAAUGUAUAAUCAUGUAGUUGCCUUAGCCUAAAGUCAGUGGGUCUAUAGUGAUGGGAAAAUCUGCUCUUCUUAGGCAAAAAGCCCCGUUUACUUGAACUGAAUAUACACAGGGUAGUUUCCCUUUGUUGAAUUGACCGCUUAAAAAAUAUGAGGGGUAAAUGAAGAGUAUACCUACUUCUCCUGUUACCACUACUCCAACCUGAGCCAUGAUUAAAUAGAGGUCCUAUCUUUAAAUGAUAAGGCUGCCACAUUUAUAAAUGCAAGUUCGCACACACAGAUGAGGACAAAACUAUUAGCCUCCCAUGAUAAUUUCAUUUUUAAAGUAUUUCCCAAACGCUGUAAAAGCUAGUGCGGAAUUUCAAUUACAGCUUUUCCUAACAUUCUAGUUUUAUUUUGAAUGCUAACAUUAUUUCACAUUGACUGACCUUUUUGUUGACCCAUAGCACAAACCAAUGUUGUUCAAUGAUGUGCUUUAACUCUGUAAUGCUCAAAACUUAUUAAAUCAAGUAAAAAACUACUCACUGGAAAACAUCAUGGCAAAUACAAAAGAAAGGACUCCAAGAACUGGAGUGAGAAGUAUCAUCAAGAACAAGCCUGGUAGAGUUAGGAAGAGAGAGAUUUCAAAGACUCUGGAAAGAAAACUACUGAGAGAUGUGUCUAAAGACCCCAGAACAACUGCCAAGACACUAGAGAUGGACUUUGCAAAAUCACGGAUUGUAGUCUCAAAGAAGACCAUCACUAGAGCCCUGCACAGGAAUGGACUGAGAGGUUGAAGACCAAGAAAAAAGUCCACUUCUGCAGAAGAGACAUCUUCAAGCUAGACUGAAGUUUGCUAGGGAUGACCUGGAGAAAUAUUCUGAUACUGGAAGUGUGUAUUUUGGUCAGAUGAGACAGAGCUACAGCUCUUCAACCACAGAGGUGUUCGUUAUGUUUCGAAAAAGAAUGGAAAGACAGGUCAUCCAAAGACCACUGUCCCCACAGGGAAACAUUAUUAGCAUUAUUAUUCUGUGGGGAUGCUUCAGUGGGUCUCUAACUGGGAAUCUUGUAAAUGUGGAAGGAAUCAUGAAGAUCUUGAAGAAAACCAAGUGUCCGCAGUAAAACUUUGUCUGCAUUGUCGCUUGGUCUUCCAACACGACAGCGCCCCCCAGGGGGAGCGUGAGGCUUUGUCUGCUCUGAGGCUGCCAAAAUUAGAUUUGCAAAUAUAGAUUAAAAUCAUGAUAAAGCAGUUAUUGAGUAGUUAAUACAAAGGUCUUUUGAUAGGAAAAGCAUGCAUAUGCCUUUUUAAGGUUUUAUCAGUGAAACAAUUCAAAUCUAUGCUGAUUUUUGAUGGCAAUGUGUCACUUUUUCUUCUCUCUUAGGUCCUGGGGGCCCCGCUUUUCUUAGGUAUAUGUGGGGGGGUCGCCAGGGAAAAAUGAUUGAGAAACACUGCUCUAGAAGACCAAGCCCUGACUUUAAUCUCAUGAACAUCUGUGGGGUGAACUGAAGACUAAGGUCAAUGCCAAAAGACCAUCAGACCUGGAGGAGCUUGAGAGAUUGGACAAAGAUUAAAUAUAACAAUUGUUUGUGUGCAAAGUAAAAUAGUGUAAGCAUCCAAAAUAAAACUAGCAUGUUUGGAAAUGCUGUGUUAAAUAUUUUCCCUGUUUACCAGCUUUAGGGAAGUACUUAAAAAAAUAAUUUUUCAUAGGGGGGCUAAAAAUCUAAUCUUCAUCUCUACACUGUGAUUAGUCAGAUGCACGUUUCAUAAAUCAUACAUGGAACCUGUUUUAAUGUGAUUUCUACACUCGAAUCAUUCUCUGUAUUCUUCACCAGGAUGCUUGCAGAUUUUAUCCUGAGACUGGCACUAACCCAGUCCUCCCAAGUGGACCAGUCACAGGGCUUACAUGCUGGGUCGUUUCCACAUGUAGUUACAUUUUUGCUGAGUCGGCUAUAUGCUCAGGCCUCUGUGAAGGGCUCAGGUCUAUGCAAACCUAUUGUGUAUGCUGUGGUGUAGAUUUGAUGCAGAAGUAUGAAACAGUUUGAUGCUCACUAAAGUUUCUCAGGUCUGUCAUGGAAAGCUAGAUUUGGGACAUUCUGUUAGAUUCCAAAUACGCCCUGUAUUCAUAUGUGCUUAAUUAGCAUUCAGCUGGUACUGGGAGACUUUAAGAAGACAAAACAGCAUUUUUUAAAUGUUUUAAAGGUUUCCGUCCACACAGUUAAUAUUAGUUUUCACAAAUGAAUACUGACAACUUGAAUCCCAUCUGUAUUAUCAGGAUUAAUUGCCAGGAUAGUCUCUUGUGUUCUGCUAAAUCCUAAAAUGAGAGAAUGAAAGUUUGCUGAACUUGAGCCACUGUGAAGAUAAACAGUAUUUAAAUCAGAUGCUUUAAAAUCAUCCAAGUUAGAAAUACCGACUCAGAGUGAGCAAGCAGGAAACGGUGAACACGUCUUCCAGUCGGGCAUGCUGAGUUGAUUCUCUGCAAAAACAGCUUAGCUACAAAACAGGGUUAAACAUGGUUUUAACAAACACAAUAAAUGGUUUCUGGCAGUAAAACCAGUUUUGUUAAAAAUGUAUUGAAUUUAUUUGUAAUUGUUUCAUAGCCAGGUUUAAGUACUGAAAUUGGGAUUUUAAAUUUAUUAGUGGGUGUCUGAGUAUCAUCUUUGUUCUCUAUUGUACUAAUAUUGUUUACAGUCAUUCCCUGUAUUACAGCCAUACAGCCACAUGUUUAGAUGGUCUUUGGUGCUAUUAUUUGGUCUCAUACAAUCCAGAACUGCUUUUGUUUUUGUCAAAUGAAUUUUAAUACAGAUGUUCACAAGC